GCAGGAUAAUGUUGUUGGAGCGGAGGUGGGACAGAAGCAGGGAGGCAGAUUGAUGUACACGACCACAAGCAUUAGUGGGGAUCAGAAGCAGGAUUCAGGGACCGGAUCUCGUACGUCCUCUAGUUGCGACUCGUCAACGUUAUUUUCCUCGACACCGGAUAACGUUACGGCUUACCCUUAUCCAUCUUCAUCUGAGGCAUCCUGAGCAGGCUUUUCAAGGGGCAAGCGGACCCAGGAUGCGCCUCAAGAUGGAUAAAGUUGAGCUCUAAUAGCGCUGGGCAACUACACGACGGUCCGAUGAAGAGGUUUGCAGCAACAAGCGCUUCCAUCAU